CCGGGGAAAUUUUGAAAUUAGCAACAAUGUUGUUUGUGUGAAAGUGCUUUUUUUUUUUUUUUACCAAAGGCACCAUUAGUUAGCUAGUUCCCCUGUCAUUUCACUACUCAGGGCUGGAUUUUGUUAUACAUUUAGACCUCUGCUGUGGCUAGUUUGAAAGUUUUACAAUGGCUGAAGAAGACGGUUGUUCAUCUAGUAUGACGGAGCCUCAGCUUGAAGCAGGAGGAGACAAGGCGGCGGAUGGAAUGAGGUCGACAGCAGAUUCAAGUGAAAGUGGACAGGACAAGCCCGACAAAGUGGAUUUGGAGUCAAAUGUCGAAUUAAAAGAGGAUGUCAGAGAUUUGAAUUUGCGACAAGGAGAUGUUGUCAGACAAGGUUUGUUUAAUAACUAUUGUUGCUCAUUUCAACCGUGCAGCUAGCCUAGCUAACUGGCUAAUAAUGUUAGCAAGCUAACGUUAGCUAGGUAAGUAAAUUAAGUAACGUUAUCUAAAUAACGUUACUGUACUGUAACUAGCGAAACAUGCAACUCCACCAACCGUUGACUCAUAACAGCAAAUAAGGCUAGGUAUAUCUCAUUAACCUAUUUGCUGUAUUUCAAAGAACUGUUAGAAGAAUAGAGGAGAAAAAUUCCCCCCUCACAAAUUGGUGCGUCCCCCCCCCCAAAUUGUAAAGUGGUUAUCCCACUGGCUAUAGGGUGAACGCACCAAUUUGUGAGUCGCUCUGGCUAAGAGCGUCUGCUAAAUGACGUUAAUGUGCCCUUGAGCAAGGCACUUAACCCUAAUUGCUCCUGUAAGUCGCUCUGGAUAAGAGCGUCUGCUAAAUGACUAAAAUGUAAAUGUAAAUGUAAAAAUGGUUGUCUCACUCAGUACUUAUUAAUGGAUCUUUCAUCUCCCCUGGCUUCAUCAUUACCUGCUGCUAGGCCAUGCCAGAUCAGUGAAUGAUGGAGGAGAGGGCACAAGGAAAGGAAACUACUUUACACAAUGCAACCUAGUAGAAAAUUAGAUAUCAAUCUAACUUAUACUUUCUCUUCCAACACAGGACUUUUCCAGAAUGAGGAGGAGGAGGAUGGUGACAGCGGCACAGACUACUUCAACACUGAUAUAGCUGGUACUCAGUUGCAACGUGCUGAACGCAUAGGAGAUGCAUCCCUUCCUGACACCUUUCAGACAAAUGAACUACUUUAUUACGAGCGAUUCAAAGCCUAUCAAGACUACAUGCUAGGUAUGUAACCUUCCUACGGUCUUACAUCUAUUCUACAACCAUAUUGAUCGAUUUUCAAGGCUCCCAGUGACAAAUCGGAAAUAAGUAAAUAAAACUGACUGCUGUUGUUUUGGACAGGUGAUUGUAAAACAUCAGAGGUGAAGGCCUUCACAGCUGACUACCUGGAGAAGGUUCUGGAGCCUUGUGACUGGCAGGCACAGUGGUGCACAGACGUGUUUGAUGUGCUAGUGGAGGUAAGUCACUUCGACCUGAAAGAUUGCCCAGCAAGAGACAUGUCUAAAAGAAGCUGUGCUUUGUACUCUGCAUGAAUGAAUUGGAACACUUGUACUCUGGAUGCAGUUUUAUAGUGAAUCUGAAUCCAGAUGUCUGGUUAAACAAUGCGAAACAGCUAUUUUUUCCAAUGUUAUACAGAUGGUUGGAUCUGACCAGUGAAGCAGAAGUAGCCUAACCAUUCACCCAUGAAAAAUUGUCAUAUGACGGUUACAACCUCAUACUUGUUCCCCUUUCUUCAGGUGGUGGAUGUGAACUAUAAGGAGCUGAAAGCCCAGGUGAAGCUGGUUGUGCCCCUGCAGUGUGAGACAAGAGGCUGCGAGCUGACAGAGGAGGCCAUGAACACCCUCCUAGAGGCCACUCUGUACAAAUUGCCUCUGCAGGAGCUCCAUGUGGUGUUUGAUGAGUCUGGGGACUUUGACCAGACUGCACUGGCACUUGAGCAUCUCCGGUAAGACCCUAUUGUUAAGUUUUAAACUGCUAAGGUUUUUCUCAAAGGGCUGUUGAAGCCACAAUUAUUAUUUCCAAGUCAGAGGAGAAAGCAUCAGAAAAAGUGCCGAAGGCGAUUUGUCCCAUCCCCCUAUAAAAAUGAUUGAAACAGGCCUCUUGUUUUAGGAGUUUGAAUGGUGUGGAACUGACAUUCAAUUUGGGUGGGCCUGACUUUAACUUCUCUUAAUGUGUGUGUGAAUUUUUCAUGCUUGUCUUUUGGUCCGCUUGAUAGAACUUUAGAAUAACUUUAUUUUUCCUGUGAGGGAACUUCUUUUUUGGAGUGGUUAAAGCUGCAAUAUGUACGUUUUUGGGCGACCUGGCCAAAAUCACAUAGAAAUGGGAGUUAUAGAUCUUUCAUUCUCAUUGAACGCAAGUCUAAGAGGCGGUAGAUCUGUUCUAUGUGCAAUAUUUCUAUGCUUCCCAUUCUUAAGUCUUUUACUUUCAGGUUGGUACACCAGCUUUAAACACCUGAAAAUACAAUAUUUGUGGUUAUGGAAAAUAUAUUUCACAGUGGUUUAGAUGGUGCAAUGAUUAUCUAUACUAUACUUGCUUGUUUUGUCACAUAAACUGAAUUUAGGCAAACUAUUAGAAUUUUAGCAACCAGGAAAUGGCAGAGCGAUUGCUGUAUAGUGCACCUUUUAAAACAACAACGACAUAAACAAAGUAGACCCACUAGGCACAAAUAGUCUUACCAGACACUUUAGCCUGUUGUUCCACCUACAAAUAUGACAGUACAGUAAUAACAUCAGAAACAUCUGUGAGUGCAAUAUAGAGCAGGACUUUCCCAGCAGAGUUCUGAAUGGGGAAUGUUGGUAGCUACGUCUCAGAAUCUUGAUCAUGCAGACUCGCCACCCGCAUUGAUGGUGGGAGUUCAUAAAGUUUACACAGCAGCAUUAUGGAGAUUCGUAUGGAGCCUCUGCCUCACUCACCCGCCCCCCCGCCGACCUGUUGUUGGCAUUGCCUCUCAUAGACGUAGCUAGCUAGCACUGCUCUCUUUCCGUCUGGCCGGCAGUUGCAUCCUGUGUCUCCAUGGAUACCACCGGGGAUCAGAUGAGAUGCACACAAUAAAAAUGCUCAAAACGGCUUCACUCUGCUGGUUGGCCCCUUUUUUAUUUUCUUUAUCAGCUGACUCAACUACUUCCAUGCACUGCAAACACAUUUUCUCAGCUAUUAUAUGACAAAAACACUCAAAAUAAUGUCAAUGGACAUGACAGAUGAGACAGAACCGACAUCACCCGUCACAUUACAGCGGCAGAAAAAAAUAUAUGGACUAGUUCUUAUGUGAUAUUAAAUAACAGAAUGGUGUGUUCAAAUUUCAUGGUGAAACACACACUGAGAAAUACCCUGAAGGGAGAUAAUACACUGGAACAAAUGGUUCUGCUUCUGUGCUGAGAAAUCUCUUGUCUGAACUGUCUCAAACCUUUUCUUCUCAGGUUUUUCUACAAACACAUCUGGAGAAAGUGGGACGACGAGGACGAGGAUGAUGACUUUGACUACUUCGUCAGAUGUGUGGAGCCCCGCCUCAGGCUGUGCGUGUAGAAGGGUGAUAGUGGGGGGAAUGGGAAGAUUAUUCAGUGUGUGGGCUAGAUUGGCACAUUCUCAUUUAGGCUGUAUUGGUUCAGAUCUGCCAAUGACACGGCUAGGUUGAACCCAUUAUUUUAUGCCGCUAUCAAAACAGCCAUAUGGCAUAGGAACCUGUAGAGCAUUGCAAAUCAGUGCAGUUCAGGCACACUUGAGCAAGCUCCAUGUCUAAUGGUUGGAGCUGGAAGGCUGUUGCAGUGAGAGGGUGCAGAUUAUUACUUGGCCACUAGAUGGCAGUGUGUACCUGGGGUUUGUGAGCAUGCUGUGGCGUCUCCUAUAUAAUUGGAUAUUUACGGGUGGAGAUGAGGGUUAAGAUAUCUUAUUGGCUUCAGCAGAAAACCUAAAGCUUAUUAUUGUGGGACCAAUCAGCUGCAAUUUUAUAACAAGGACACUAUGUCCACAAUUUGCUUUUAUAUAUUUUAUACAUUUGAGUCAUUUUAGCAGAUGCUCUUAUCCAGAGUGACUUACAGUAGUGAGUGCGUACAUUUUUCAUACUGGUCCCCCGUGGGAAUCGAACCCACAACCCUGGCGUUGCGAGCCCCAUGCUCUACCAACUGAUUCACACGGGACCAAAUAAUGGUUAAGAACAUUAAUCUGCUAGACAAAGAAAUAGUCUUUGUAACCCAAUCAAGACCGGAUUUUUAGAUAGAAUGGAGACCCCCCUUGUUCAGAAUCUUGAUGUUCACCUGUAUUUUUCUUUCUCCAAAUAAUGGUUAAGAACAUUUUCAAAUGACGGACAACGCCAUCAAACAAACAAUGUUGUGCUCUGAGCUUCUCCUCUAGAUUUACCCCACCUUAAUUAAACCUCUGUUGCCCUCAAUGUUGCUGAACAGUUUGUUCCCAACAGUCCUUCAAGACACCUCAUAAUGCGAUUGUGUUUUAAAAAAGGAAAACAAAAUAAGUAUUUCUCCCUCUGUGGCUGUGUCAAUCCUGCAGGUUUUAUGAUAUUCUGGAGGAUCGGGUGCCUGCUGGACUUGUGGCAGAGUAUCACUCUCUUUUGGAACGCUGCUCUCAGAAGUUCCAGGAGUUUUCUAGCCUGCGGAACGGCAUCAGCAGCGACUCUGAGUCGGAGCUGGACAACGUGUCCAUGGUGGAUGGCCUGAGGAUGUACGAGCAGAUGGAGGCCCUGAAGCGCAAACUCCGGAUCAUCGAGAACCCGCUGCUCAGGUAGCUGGCCAGGGGGAUACAGGCCACCAGUGCCUCUGCAGAGUGUGUGUGUUGAGGGAGUAGUUGUGGGACUGAUGGGAGUUGGUCUCCUAACAGAAGACUGAGUAAAGGCUAUUGGAUUCAGCUCUGUGUCCCUGAGCUAGCAUGUUUGACCUAUACUGCCCCUGUUGAGAGCAAAACCUCUCAGAAUAACACUACAGUCCAGUUCAAUGCAUCAUAUUCUGGUUAGAAUACAAAAGAGGGACAGCAAUUGAAUUUAUAGCUACUACUAAUGCACACCUGGGCCUAUACUCCGAGAGGCUAUGGGAAAGUGGAAGAUCAUCCAUUCUGCUCUGUCCAAUGCUGUACCAUUGUGUUCGUCUACAUAAAUGUGUUCUCUCCUGACACUGCAGAUAUGUGCUGGGAUACAAGGUGAACUCAGGGCAGCAGUCGUGCAGGGCCAAGGGGCCUCGUGCCUCAGGCGGCCGGAUGGUCCAUGUCGUGUCUGUCUCCACUACAGUCAGCCAGCUGCAGAGCCUGAUGGCAGACAAGCUAGGGCCCGAAUUCUCAGGGGAAGAGUUUGAACUACAGGUAUGGCAAAAAAAUAAAAUAGUUUUUUUAAAUCUAUGACAUUCGUCCCUUCUUAGGCAUAUUGUAUUUUGUCAAAUUUAAGUUUGCCCAGGUUUCCAUUUCAAAUGGUCUGUUUAAUGAGAUGACCAGAGACGAAACCCAAUGGUUAUGCUCUCUAACCAUGUCACACUUGUGUAUAGGUCUAAUGCGCAGGGAUUUGUGGGAUUUGCUGAGGUGCUUGGGCUGUCUUUUAUUUGACCUCCCUAGUUCCUGGCUUUGUAGAAGCUGUGUCUGUUCGCCUGAUUUUUCUAUUCCACUGAGAUGUCAGAAGCAGAAAACGUGUGUUUUUGUGUCUGUCUUUGUUUAGUCAUGAGUGCAGAUCUGUGUUGUACAGACAGACUGUGUACUGGAACUGCUCUGUGUUAAAUGUUAGUUUCACAGUGAGCCCCUGCUGGCUGUGAGUGCCUGCUACGAGGGAGACGUGGUCAUCAUCCUUCCAGGACACUACAAUGUCAACAGCUCCAUCAGUAUCCCAGACUCCAUAUCGGUGGAAGGUAAUGUUUCACAUGUCUGAAAGCAGCCUUUAUAAUGGCAGGAUGCACUACUGCUGUAUGUAUGUACAGGUAACUGCCAAAAUAAUGGAAACACAAGUAAAUGAGGGAUACAAAGUAUAUUGAAAGCAGGUGCUUCCACACAGGUGUGGUUCCUGAUUUAAAACGAUGUUAACCAUUUGCAAUGGCUGUCUGUCACCAGAUCUCAACCCAAUUGAACACUUAUGGGAGAUUCCAGCACCGUCAACAAAACACCAAAUUAUGGAAUUUCUCGUGGAAGAAUGGUGUUGCGUCCCUCAAAUAGAGUUCACUCUACACUUGUAGAAUCUACGCCAAGGUGCAGUGAAGCUGUUCCGGCUCAUGGUGGCCCAACACCCUAUUAUGACACUUUAUGUUGGUGUUUCCUUUAUUUUGGCAGUUACAUAUUCGCUGCUGAGGGGAGGACAGCUCAUAAUAAUGGCUGAAAUGGAGUAUAAUGGCUGCAAUGGAGUGAAUGGAAUGGUAUCAAACACAUGUUUGAUACCAUUCCAUUCACUCCAUUCCAGACAUUAUUAUGAGCCAUCCUCCCCUCAGCAGCCUCCACUGGUAUGUAUGUGUCUUUUGUUGCUAUUAGCCAGCCAGUGAUGCCUCUUGCUGGUUUCAGGUAAUGAGGAGUAGAAUCUGGAGGCUUGGUAGUUCAAAAGUCCAUAUUCCACUACCUGAAUCCAGCAAGAGGCCUCUUCUGAUUUUCUGUUUUCCAAUCAUCCAAGUCUGAGGUUCAGUCAUUGCAAAAAUAUCCCUCUGUUUUAGUUUUUUUAUGUGAGUGAGUUGUUCAACACAUUUUGCAGGUUGUCUGAAUCCUUCCAUCCUUUUCUGUCACUAAAGAAUAUGUUGCUAUGCUAUGACUAAUGUGCUGCGAAGUACUGUUAUGGCCAUGGAAGUUAUUUUCAUAUUGAACACUUGCGUAAGUGUUUCAGAUGCAAUCAAGUGUUCACCUGCUGCUGAUGCUUUUACGGUACUGGCUGUACUAUGUGGCAUGUUAAUGCUUCUGGAAGGUAAAACAACCACUCAAUAUACAGUACAUGGAGUGAAAUGAAUGUAUAGCAGAGAGCUUGAUGGCGCAGUAAGCGUUUGAACGGGGGUGAUAGUAAUGCAUAGAGAAGGCUAACGCGGGGGAGGAGAGGUCAGAGCAGAGGCGCCGUGUCAGUCUCUUUAUGCAAAUAGGGGGGCCUGCCGAGUCAGAGGGAGCGGAGGGGAGAUUGGAGCGGCUUUUUACAUGCGUCUGUUUCUAUGUGCUUGCCCCCCUGUGGUGCUAGGAAAACUCCUGAAAGCUGAGAUAAAGGGGAAAUUAGAUGCGGCGCUGCCUGGCACUGCACCACGACAGGAGAAGAGCAACUCAAUUAGACCACCGCUGGAUUACCAUAAUAUAAUUCUCCCUCCCACCAAAGAGCCUUUGAUAUUUUAGAGGAGCAGGGCACACAGAGGCGCUUAUUGCUUUUUGGAUAUUGCUGUAUCAAAGACUGAUCAUAUGCAUUUUUCCGCUCUAUCUUCAUAAGCAUAGCGAGAAUUUCAGAAGAGUGUGUUCCCGAAGAGACAUUAGAAUUGAUUAGUGAGGAGGUUGUUAGUCAGCACUUGUUAAGAACAGAAUGCAUUUGUGAUCUGCAAUCAGUGCACACAUUUUAGCAUUUUUUUUCAUUCAUUCUCUAAGCAGUAGCACAUUUUUGCCUGUCAUGAAGCCCACUGGGAAUAGGGUUUUCCUCUCCUGGAAGUGUGCAUGGCCCUAUGACUUUACAAAUCGAUAUUCAGCCUUUGGCCUUUCCAAUGGCAGCGUGUGAAACCCAGCCAGUGCUGUAGAAUUGUUGGCCACAUUGUGGAACACCUGUCUCCAGGCCAGCUGUCAAGGAACAGAGAAUAAUGAACCCUAGCCGUCAGAACACUGUCCAUCACAUUCUGCACUGUUGUACAGUGCUGCCUGCCUGGGAUUGUGCUGAAUUGCUACUUGUCAUGUACACCACUACGAGGUUGGAAGGAGUGUUCGGAACCAACACUGGCCAUUGAGCCAUGACCCAGUUGUCCCAGCUGUCAGCAUGCAAAGAUGGAGCAAAUGCAAUUUAUUCGAUAUGAUAAUCUUCUUUCUAUGUACAGUUGGUGAUGGGGGAAAAAUUGAUAUAGUAAGUGGAGUAUUGCUAUAUUAUUUUUGCCGAUUUUCUAUCGAUACUGUGAUUGCUAGGUAGUUAACAUUAGCUAGCGCUAGUCGGCUGUACCUGCAACAACCUAUAGCUCAUCAUUCUAUAGCUUGUUCGCCAUCUUCUUUUUAAGUGUUGAGCCAACAUGUGUUCAACACUUAUCUCCAUGACAGAUCAAAAUGCCUUUUCUUCAUGGCUCUCUGCCGCAGACAUAUAGUGAGCAAUAUGUUUAGAACAUCAAAUCGCAAUAAAAUCGCAGUAUCGAAUCGCAAUACGUACGUAUACACUGACUAUACCAAACAUUAGAAACACCUUCCUAAUAUUAAGUUGCAACCAGUGGUGUAAAGUACUUAAAUAAAAAUACUAGUUGUUUUUUGGGGUAUCUGUACUUUACUUUACUAUUUAUAUUUUUUUUUACUUCGCAACAUUCCUAAAGAAAAUGAUGCACUUUUUACUCCAUGCAUUUUCCCUGACACCCAAAAUUACUCAUUACAUUUUGAAUGUUUAGCAGGAUAGGAAAAUGGUAUAAUUCGCAGACUUAUUAAGAGAACAUCCCUGGUCAUCCCUACUGCCUCUGAUCUGGCGGACUCUCAAAACACAUGCUUCGUUUGUAAAUGAUGUUGGACUGUGCCCCUGGCUAUCUGUAAAUUAAACAAACAAGAAAAUUGUGCCAUCUGGUUUGCUUAAUGUAAGGAAUUUGAAAUGAUUUUACUUGGUAUAUUUGAGCAAUUACAAUUACUUUUGAUACUUAAGUAUAUUUAAAACCAAAUACUUUUAGACUUUUGCUCAAGUGGAUUUUUACUUGAGUCAUUUUCUAUUAAGGUAUCUUUACUUUUACUCAAGUAUGACGAUUGGGUACUUUUUCCACCACUGGUUGCAAUGAGAUUUUGCAACAGCCUCAGUUCGUCAGGGCAUGGACUCUACAAGGUGUCAAGCGUUCCACAGGGAUGCUGGCCCAUGUUGACUCCAAUGCUUCCCACAGUUGUGUCAAGUUGGCUGGAUGUCCUUUGGGUGAUGGACCAUUGUUGAAACACAGGGGAAACUGUUGAGCAUGAAAAUCAUUCUUUAACCUGUCUCCUCCCAUUCAUCUAUUCUACACUGCAGAGAUUAAUGUAAACCAGGGCCUAAAAUUAACACCCGCCAAAUGUGAGUAGAUUUUGGCAUUGGCGGGUAAGAUGUCUGUUUCACCAGCCACGUUGGCGGGUGGUCAGGGUCCACAGUGCGAGCAUUUCAUGCGUGUUUGUGAAUAAAAAUAGUAAAGUAUGAUCACAAUUAUAGCAAAAUAAAAGCUGCAGUAUUUCUGCCUUUGUUUCAUAGCUUGUAAAUUAAUUGCACAAAGUCAAAACUAUGAAUCGCUAUAGCCUAUCUCACCUCGCGCUGCAACACUGCCUGGCUGGGGGCUGUGUGCACGUGAAGAGCUGCGCACAGACAAGUUGGUCUAAUUUACUUGAAACGAAAGUCACAAGCUAGGUUGUUUUUCAAUGUUUGAGUUUCAACUGCUAUGGAAGAGAAGACAACGUAGCUACUAGUCAUUCUCUGUCUCACAGACACAAACAUGACUGAGUUGCAUUACCAUGGUAACCUCCCGCCCUUGAAGAGGCAGGUGAACAUUUGUCUCAACUGUGAUAUUUUGGUUAAAAUACUCAGGUCACAAAAAAUGAAAAGAAACAAUAUAUCACAUUACUUCUUACUAGUAAUGCAUUUGUUUUAGAAACAUUACAAAGCAUGCUUUUUUUUGUUGGUGUCAUUAGUGGGGAUGGGGGGGGGGGGGGGUCUGAGUGGCUUGUAGAUCUUUAAAUCUACCUGCUACAGUGGCUGGUGGACCAAAAAGUAAAUUCUAGGCCCUGAUGUAGGCUAAUAAAUCUUUAUUUUCAGGGUUCGGCCUACCUGAUGAGGUGGUGAUUGAGAAGAAGAACAAAGGGGACUCGUUUGUGGAGUCAACAGGAGCCGACGUGAAGAUCUCCAACGUCAAGUUCAUCCAGCAUGACGCUAUCGAAGGCAUCCUCUGUGAGUCCUCUUAGUCCUUCUCCCAAUGUGAUGCUGCCUCUACAUCUACCCUGCCCCCCAACUCUACUGGCAGUCCACCCAUUGGCCUGCAUGAAUAAUUCUGCCUAAGCUGCUGGCAUUGCUUAACAUCUGGCAACAGCCAUAUACAGUGAGGGGGAAAAAAUAAUUUGAUCCCCUGCUGAUUUUGUACGUUUGCCCACUGAAAAAGAAAUGAUCAGUCUAUAAUUUUAAUGGUAGGUUUAUUUGAAAAGUGAGAGACAGAAUAACAAAAAAAAACAACAGAAAAACGCAUUUGUCAAAAAUGUUAUAAAUUGAUUUGUAUUUUAAUGAGGGAAAUAAGUAUUUGACCCCCUCUCAAUCAGAAAGAUUUCUGGCUCCCAGGUGUCUUUUAUACAGGUAACGAGCUGAGAUUAGGAGCACACUCUUAAAGGGAGUGCUCCUAAUCUCAGCUUGUUACCUGUAUAAAAGACACCUGUCCACAGAAGCAAUCAAUCAAUCAGAUUCCAAACUCUCCACCAUGGCCAAGACCAAAGAGCUCUCUAAGGAUGUCAGGGACAAGGCUGGAAUGGGCUUUCCCUCUUGUCUCCAGGUGUUCGUCAGGGUAAGCUGGAGAUGGAGAACUGUGUCCUUCAGUGCGAGACGACAGGUGUCAUUGUGCGGACGUCAGCCCACCUGACCAUGAACAUGUGUGACCUCUACGGCUCAAAGGUGAGAGGUCAUUGACGCUCAUCACUCUCAUGGUGGCGUUGUGCUUUUAUUUUUUAUUUUUUUCUGUGCAGUAGCCUAGCUGUGUCUCCACAUGCUGAUAACUGUUGUGCUGUAGGGAGCUGGUGUGGAGAUUUACCCUGGCAGUGUCUGCAGUAUGGUGGGAAAUGGCAUACAUCACUGCAAAGAAGGAAUCCUGAUCAAGGUGAGAGACCAGAACUUCAAUCUGUAUAUUACUGCUCCCAGCACUAGCACAUUCAACCUCCACAGUAAACCGUCAACAUCAAUGGAACGUCCUGCUAUGCUAUGCAUCUCUUUCUAGGAUCAAUUCCAAGCCUGUGGCAUGAUCUUCUUUCAACCAAAAUUGAAUUUAGUGGAGAAUUAUGUUAAAAUGCGUACACACUCACAGCAAAAACAAAUAUGGACUUAUUUCCCUAGUUAACUCCAGACGAGUUCUGGGGUCUUAUCUCAUUCCCUGAGGAUAGAACAGUAGUGUGUUUUUUAUCGGUCCCUCACACAGGGCUUUCCUUCCUGUUGUCUCUCUGCUCGGUGUGUUGGACUUGGCCAGGACAACUUAAGCAGGAAGACAGACGUGAUGACUCUGUUUAUGCUUGUCUUUCCCCUCUCUCUGUUGCUCAAUCUGUCAACCUCCUCCAUCCCUUCUUCCCCCAGGACUUUGCUGAUGAGCUGGACACCAUGCCCAAGAUCACCAUGGUGAACAAUGUGAUCCACAACAACGAGGGAUACGGAGUGAUCCUGGUCAAACCUAGUGAUGCUGCAGCUGUACAGGAAGACAUCCCAACUGGUACUAACUAGUUCCAAAGCCUGGGGAAGUUCUCCUCAGGAAUAUGAUAAAAAGGGGUGGAGUACGACAGAGUCUAGAUGGAAACUAGUGAUGCAUUAACACAUCAAAUCUGUCACAUUUUGCAUCGGUGGCGUUCCAAAUCGAGUUUUGUAUUUCUGAACGUUAUUCUGAUUUGCAAGAAGCUAGCAAGCUUAAGAAACAAUACUAACACCGCACAUGCUACUAAAACUUUGUCUUACAUGGUAGGAAAAGAGACUUGGACGAAACAAGGAAAAAACUGGGAAAUGGCACUGAGGGGAAAUGUCAUUUAUACUUAGAGCCAAUCUAAUUUGAACGUUGAAUGCCAGCACUCCCAUUCAAGCACAUAAUCCAAUACUGAAGUUCUCCAGACUUCCAAUAGUAGAAUCAACAAGACAGGAUUGGGAAGGAUUGCCACGCGAGACUAGGUACUUCCCCACAUCAAUGGGUUUACUAUCUCUGGAAGGCUGAGUUAGUUUCACUGGAAAGUUUGAGAGAAAAUGUGCUUGACCUUCAGUCCAGGGCAGCUGCAGGAUAAAAGGUCCAGCUGAAGGUGGCAUGGCUUAAAAUACAUCUGGAGCACUCUCUUUUCAUCUCUCUCCCUCUCCAACGUCCUCUAAUGGAAUGUCCCUUAUUGUUUGACCCCAGUACACAGGAAUAAAUACCUCUACCCCAGACAGGGGAAUGAGUGAAAAUGGCUGAAAUUGUUAUUUAAAGAAAAUUAUAAUUAACAAAUCUCUUCUCUUCAGAUUACCUUUCAAAAAUGUUAUCUACAGAAUUAAUCAGUUUUGCAGAGACACUACUAAGCCAACAACUGGGUAAUAAUUGUUGUUUGCGUUGUUAUUGAAAAGAUGUCCAUUAUGAUGCAUUAUUUCCCUUCUGGAAUUAGCAACACAAAAAAAAGCUGUAAAUAAAACAUUUCUCAACACUCCAUUCCCCACUUUAAACGUUGAAAAGAGGCUGUUCGCAUUUUGAUUUGAAAAGGCAAUUAUCUACGAUUGAUCCCAAAGGGCAGUCUUUGUUAGAAUACACUGUCAGUCUGAUUUGAACAGAAUGUAGUAAUAUUUCACAGGAAGAUGUGGUGUUUUCAUAAACAUGACAAAUCAGAAUGUCAUGAUGGAGAAGGAAGUGGAAGUAGUGGUAUUAAGUCUGAAUGUCACAGUGAGGUGUUGACAAGCCUGUCAUGAACUGAUUCAUGUUAUUUUCCAGAUGAGCCACUGGAUAAAGAAGAAGAGGGGGAAGAGGAGAUGAAAGGUGAGAUGAAGAUGCAGGUAGAUGUAGACGUGCCCCUCAUCGUGGUGGACGACUGCUCUGUGAAGGAACCAGUCUCCUAUUCGUCUUGUUACGACGUUCCUCCAGAGUUCACGGAGGGCAACGAUGCCAUCAAGAGGGAGCUGGUGGCCACAUCAGCCAAAAAGCAGCGAUGCCAGAAGAGCAGGCUGAAGGAGCUGGGAGUGACCCAGGCAGAUGACAACCUGCUCUCCCAGGAGAUGUUUGUCUCCAUCCAGGACAACCAGUUCAGGAGAAACGGCAUGGGCAGCUUCGGCACCUUCUUGUACUGAUACUAACUGACCCGUCCUCCUGUUCUGUAGGCCAUACAUGCACAAACACACUUUUACUUUAUUUAUUCUAACCUCUUUGCAAAAUGUUGCUGCACUAGCUUGUGAGUGGGUAUGUGUAUUUUUAAAUGCUUUUUUAACAUGGCUUUUUAAUACAAUUCUCAUUUUAGUAUACUGAUAUUGUGGAGACCUGAGUCUAAUAAACUGAAUUAUUUUCACAAUUACACUAAUGAUGAGUCUCAAAUGUCCUUCGCAAAUGUUUUUUCACUUUUUUCAGUGGAUAUUGUAUGAUUUCUUGUUAUGGAUAUUGUUAAGAUGACACUGCUUUAAAUUAUUUUGUGUUUGUGUUGGGGGAAAUCACAUUGCCUUAUUUUGAGUUAGUGUCUCACCCUCACCUGUAGUUCUGGUCAUUCCUUUAUCACAUUUUGCUGAAAGCACUGUAAACAUUAAAAAUCAUGAGCC